AUGGCAGAACGGAAAGCACGGAGAGACCUGGAGCGGAUGUUAGUCGACGAAACCGCGGAACCCAGAGCCCUGCCAUUAUCUCUUUUGGAGGACAUCACCAGAGAUUUCUCUCAUGCCCAUGAGAUUGGAAGGGGUGGAUUUGCAGUGGUUUAUAAGGGAAUACUUGGGGGUGAUAUAGCGGUCGCCGUGAAGAGAUUAACGAAUGCUUUUAUGGAUGAAAUGGAAUUUCACCGAGAGGUUGAAUGCUUGAUGCGGGUAAAACACAAAAAUGUAGUAAGAUUUCUGGGAUAUUGUGCUAACAGACAAGGAACUAUGGAAACGUAUGACAAUAAACUUGUCAUGGCGGAUGUCCACCAAAGGUUGCUUUGCUUCGAAUAUAUACCACAAGGAAGUCUUGAUAAGUACAUCGUCGAUGCACACCGUGAGUGGGGAACCUGCUAUAGAAUAAUCAAAGGGAUUUGUGAAGGUCUACAAUACCUUCAUGAGAAUAAUAUUAUUCACUUGGGUCUGAAACCUGCCAAUAUACUGCUCGGAAAUAACAUGGUACCAAAAAUUACCGAUUUUGGACUGUCAAGAUGCUUCGACGAAAAUCAAAGCCGGCAUAUUACCACAACUAUAUUAGGAACAUUAGGAUAUUUGGCACCAGAAUUUCGCGACGGGGGUGUAAUCGCACGCAGUGCUGACUUGUAUAGUCUUGGUGUUAUUAUCAUUGAAAUACUGACCGGACAGAAGGGUUAUCAAGAUAUUGGGGAUGUACUGGACAGUUGGAGUGAUAAGUUGGAGAGAUCACAACAAGACACUGGGUGCGAACAAAUACGAGUAUGCUAUGAGAUAGCUUUAGAGUGCAUAGACUUCAGUCCAAAAAAGAGACCGGCUAGUGUGCGGAAUAUAAUUGAUAGGCUUCAUGAAAUGAGAAGUGUCCAGAACCCCGGUUUUGCCAACGAUGAGCUGGCCACCAUCCGCAAGGGCAUUGAUGGCUUCCACUUCAACAUCGACCUUGGCCCCUACGAGGAACGGAGGAGGUCGCCGACUAGUUCGGCCUCCUAUUCCAGGCGCGAGAAUGCGCAGUUCGUCCAGUCAGAUCUCGUGGGGGAUCAGAUCAAGAAGAAUACAGAGGAACUGGAGCAUAAGCUAAUCGCCGAUGGCCACCACGAGCAAUGUAGCAGCGCCGUCAGGGUGGUGGCCAUCGUUGGCCAGGGUGGCAUAGGCAAGAGCACCCUCGCCAAGAAGGUCUUCGCCAGCGAGGCCAUCAAGGAGGAGUUCAAAAUCAAAAUAUGGCUGAGUGUCGCUCAGCAGUUCACCACGGUGGACCUGUUAAGGACCGCCAUUGCCCAUGCCGGGGGGGAGCACUGUGAGGACAAGGACAAGACCUUGCUGGUGCAGGCCCUCACCGACGCCCUGUCAAAGAAAAAGUUUCUGUUGGUCUUGGAUGAUGUGUGGAACAAAGAAGCGUGGGACCGUGUGCUCCGAGUCCCUGUUCUUAAUGCCGGCACUACACAACCUGGAAGCGGAGUGUUGGUUACCACAAGAAUGGAAGGCGUCGCUCGGAGCAUGGGAGCUUCCAUCCUGCGUGUCAACCAACUAGGUGAUGAAGAUGCUUGGUGCUUGCUAAAGAAGCAGCUGCCUCAGCCACAGGUCGGUGUUGGAAGUGAUUUUGAUGAGCUGAAAGAUAUUGGGAUGAAGAUUGUAAAAAAAUGUGAUGGGUUACCACUUGCUAUUAAAGUUAUGGGUGGACUCUUAAGCAGAAGAGAUCCUAAGGAACGUGACUGGGAGAUUGUUUUAUACAAGAAUCUUUGCUGGAGAGAAGAAGACGGUUCACAAGAGGAACUAAACUACUCAGUAAGCUUGAGCUAUGAUGAUUUAUCUCCAAAGUUGAAGCAAUGCUUUCUGUACUACUCACUUUUGCCAAAGGGUUCAGGUUUUGAAAAGGAUACAGUUAUUAGCAUGUGGAUUAGUGAAGAGUUUGUUCAACAUGAUGGGAGGUCGGGGUCAGACCAACUGGAUCUUGAAGAAAUAGGGGCUGAGUAUCAUCGGGAGUUAGUCGCUAGGAAUCUUUUGGAACCAACUGAGAGCAUAUGGGUCUACAACUUGCAUGAUGUUGUCCGCUCGUUUGCUCAGUUUAUUGCUAAAGAAGAAGCCUUUGUGGUUCACAAGGAUCAAGCUGACAUUAGAACUUUUUUUCCAGAAAACAAAAGGUUUCAUCGUCUCUCUAUAGAAUUAACUGAUUCAGAACUAGAGUGGACCAUCCUCGAGAACCAAGAUACAUUGAGGACAUUAUUGCUAAACUGUCAGAUCAAACCUGGUGGUUCAAUGACACAUUUUGCCAGUCUACGGGUAUUGGAUAUAUGCUGCGAGGAAUGUGAUUGGUUAUUAGACUCUUUGUGUGAGCUGAGGCAGCUAAGAUACUUGUCAUUCUCCAGUACAAACAUAUCUUGGCUCCCAGUUGACAUCCAUAAGAUGAGGUUCCUUCAGCAUAUUCGGCUCAACGAUUGUAAAAAGUUGGAAAAGCUUCCUAACAACAUCACAAAACUAGCGCGUCUAAGAUAUCUUAACAUAUAUGGGUCCAGUGUAGAAGUUAUACCAAGAGGGCUUGGUGGUUUAAUAGAUUUGAGAUUCCUUCAUGGGUUUCCAGCAAAGAUGGAUGGGGACUGGUGCACUUUAGAAGAGUUAGAGGCUCUUUCACAUCUUAGAUUUCUUGCAGUCCAAGGUCUAGAAAAUGUGUCUGGUAGCUCAUUUGCUAAAAGGGCCAAGAUUAGCAACAAGAAGAAUCUACAAACUUUGGAGUUAAUUUGCUAUGAAGAAAGUGAUGAUGAUGAUGAUGAUGAUGAUGAUGAUGAGGUUGAUGAGGAUGAUGAUGAUGAUGAUGAUGAUGAUGAUGAUGAUGAGGAGGAGGAGGAGGAGGAGGAGGAGGAGGAGGGGAAGCCGAUUGAGAAGGACCAAGCAGGAAAAGAAGUGCCCCAAAUUGGUCUGGAGCAACAAGAGAGAAUAGAGGCUGUAUUUGAUGAGCUCUGCCCUCCACCAAAAUUGGAGACACUAAGAAUAUCAAGAUAUUUUGGUCGUCGACUACCAAAUUGGUUGCAGUCCCCAGCGGCAACAACUUUUAAGAGCUUGAAGAAUAUUUACCUAGUGCACAUAACCCACUGCACACGACUACCUGAUGGUUUGUGCAGGAUGCUCGGUUUGGAAAAAGUACUGAUCGAGCAUGCUCCAGCCAUCGAGUAUGUCGGGCAUGAGUUCCAGACCCAUGAUGCAGCAAGGGGAGAGGGAGGUGUCGCUUUUCCAUGUUUGAGAGAAUUGGAUUUGUACGGGCUGUCGGGAUGGAAGGAGUGGGACUGGGAGGAGGAGCCGCAGAGCAAAGUCAUCGCCAUGCCUGCCCUGGAGCAUCUCAAUCUCAUGUACUGCAAUCUGGCACACCUUCCCCCGGGACUUGCUAGUCACCGCAGGCAGAAUCUGAGAAUUAUGUACCUACAGCAUCUCACGCUCCUAAAUUGUGUGGAGAAUUUCCCUUCGGUUGUGGAGCUCAAUGUGUACGACUGCCCUGAGGUCAAGAGGAUCAGUGGCCUCGCCAAGCUGCGGACGGUCGACAUCUACGAUUGCCCAAAGCUGAAGCUGCUGGAGGGUGUGUCGGUGCUGGACAGCCUGGAGCUGGAUGAGGAACACUGGGAGGUUAGUGGACCAGAUGCCACGUGUACACCCAAGGGACAUCAAGCCCAAGACCAAGUGCUCCCGGAAGACCUUGUUAUAACCAGGUGA